AUGGUCAAAACCAAGACAAACAAGGGCAACGCCCCAUGCAAUCAGGUGAUACUCGACCACUUUUGGAACAUUAGCGACCCGUCUGAUGAAAAGCGCUGCCGCAGCACGCAGGUGAUUCUUCAGACACUGGCCAGCCAGAUCAACAACCCAAACAACGCCAGCAAUGAUGUCGGCUACUGCAUUGAUCGACUGACUCGUGGUCUUCUCUCGAGUCGAGAUUUUGCUCGCCAUGGAUUUUGCGUUCUGCUGACGUCCAUUUUGGAGCAGUUUCCCGAACAGAGCAACAUUGCCGAAGUGUUUGAACAGGCGCAAAAGGAGUAUGGCCUCAAGGUGGCGGAAAACACUGCAGAAACCACCAUCUCUUGGACUCUGUUUCUUGGAUGCAUUUUGAAAAGUGGUCGCGUUACACUAGACAUUGGCGGGGAUCUCAUUACCCAAAUAUCUGACUACCUGUUUAGGCUGGGGUCAAAGAAGAACUAUGUCGAAAUUGUAGUCUGCAAUUUGCUGCCACUCUACUUGGAGAUUUUUGCAGAGAAACCCAAAGUGUUUAAAAAGACUGUCUUGCCAAUGUGGGAAGCUCAUGAAGAUAAAAAGUCACUUUUUUACGCAUAUUUUAUCAUGUUGGCUCGAAAGCACUUGAGCUUAAGAGAGUGCUUUACCAAAUUUUUCAACUCGAAUGUUUAUCAGCUUGGAAGCAACGACUAUGGUCAAGUGCUCAGCCUCUUGAAGGAAACGACAGCUUACCACCCCAACAUUCACCCAAUCAACGAACUGCUCGUGACCACCCUUUUCGAAAUUGAGCCAGAAAAUGUAGCCAGUCUUUGUUCAGCCAUUGUCGAAGAUGUAUUCAAAGUAAACUGGGCCAAGUCUUCACUCGGCUUUGAAAUGACUCACAUUAUGCUCAAGCUGGCAACCCCUGAACAAGUGGAGCUCGUUUUGUCGCCCAAGUUUAUGCGUUUGUUUAUACAGACUCUGGGCAACAAGAAGCAUCCUCUGCACGCCAAUGCUGUGGUCCUGGGAAACAAACUUGUGCAGUUGGUGGCCGCCAAGCGAGAUGACAGCGAUUACCAGGUGGCUUUUGCCAAGUGCUUCAUCAACAAGCCUGGAUCAAUCAACUUUGAUGAGCUUUCCAAAUCUAAAGUCUUGUCUUCAAUGUUGAAAAACUUUGGAAAUGACUCGAUACGUGCCUGGAUUGUGAUGCUCAAAGGUCUCAUGACCAGCCAAGAAGAGGUUCCUGAAAGCGACUAUUUUCGAAUCCGCUGCCUGCAACAAAUGUGUCAACUAAUCAAAUCAUACAACGCCUACGACACAUUUUUGUGGGCUGUGAGCAAGUUUUUGUUUGUCUAUGCGUACUUUGACGUUAGCAACUGCAAAAAGGACAUUGCAAUUGACGAAACUGAAAAAUUGGAGCGAUUCACAAGUCCUGUUGGCGAAAAACUACAAAAACAGUUUCCAGACGGCUUUAAAUCGACCUUUGCACAUCUCUGCCAAGUGGCCUCGUCUGGCGUUAAUUCGCAAAAGGAAAAGCUUCAGGAGCAGACUCGGGCUCUCACAUUGAUGGGAGACUUUAUCGUCGGACUUUUCGGUAAAAAGAGGGUUAAACUGCUGUCCUCUGCCGAAAAACCAUUAGACGAUGACAUUCGACAAACAAUUGAAGAUUUGAGGUCCAAAAUUGAGCAAAUUGAUUCGCUCAAGAAGCAAAGCACAGAGGCAAACAUUUUUAAGCUGCUCCAUCUUGGCUUUGUCAUUGAGCUGUUUGAAAGCUACAAUGAAAUUUGUGCCAUUUUGCCCGAUUUGGCCGAGUGCGCCAACCGCUCGCUCUUUGUCGAUAAAAAGACAAGGGCCAAAACACCAGAUGAGCCAUUGUGGGCAGAUGUGCUGACUGAUUUGCUGCUUUCUCUGCUGGCCAGCAAAAGCAAGUACACUAAAAAUGUAAUUGUCAGCGCUUUCAAGCACCUUGCUCCCUUUAUCUCGGCCGUCGGACUGCAAACCCUCACUGAAGCGCUUCUCAACAGGGACGCUUUCCAAACGGACGAUUCUGAUGCCGAGGACGACGAGGAAAUGGAUGAGGAGGAUGCAGAUGCUAAAGGAAAAGAUGAUGCGGAGGAGGAUGAACAAGACGAUGAUGAUGAAGGAGAGGAAUCAGAGGAAAGCGACGAGGAUCUAGAGGAUGACAAUGAUGAAGCCCGCGUGGACGAGCAGUUUAAAUUGGACGUUAUCAAGGCGCUGGGAAGCGCUGUUGAAAAUGACGGCGAUUCCGAUGAUGCCGUAAGCGACAGCGAAAUGUUUAAAAUUGACGAAUCGCUAGCUCAAGUUUUCCGGAAAAAGUUUGGCGACAAGAAGCGAGCCAAUGAACAGCAAAACAUGAUGCAGACGUUGAAAUUUCGCAUUCUUGAGCUGAUUCAAAUUGUGGUCGAGCAGAAGCAGGACCUGAGUCUUGAGCUGACUCUUGAUCUUGUAUCGUCGGUGCUGCUGGUGGCCAAGUCUCAUUACGCCAUUAAAAAUGUCGCCUACAUUACCAACAAGUGCAUCAACAUUUUUGAAAAGCUAACCAGCAAGAAGCGAUUUGAACAAGAGGAGAGUCUAAAUGAGCAAGUUGUUCAGCAUGUCCUUGACCAGCUGAUGGAGAUGCAGCGCAA